AAGUUAGUCUGUCGUUGUCGUUGAAUGAAUGUUGUGAAUGUUGAAAAAUUAAAAGAAGAGAAAAAAGAUUUUUAUUUUUAUAUAUUUGAGUGCUAAAUGAGAAAAAUUUGUGCAAACAUCAAAGAAUAUUCAACGUUUGGGGACAUAACGAUUUGUGCUUAAUUUUAUUUAACUGAAUAACAAUAAACGAAACGGCGAAAUUGACUAUCGAAAGCAAUGACGACGGACAUUUCAAUUGUUCGAUGGGACCCUAGUCAGGGUCCUGGCAACGAAUACAUCGACGAAUAUGAAUACGAUGGUGGCAACUCCAGUUCACGAUUAUUUGAGCGUUCACGUAUCAAGGCCUUGGCCGAAGAACGUGAAAGUGUACAAAAGAAGACAUUCACCAAAUGGGUGAAUUCGCACCUGUGCCGUGUCAACUGCCGAAUAUCAGACCUGUACGUUGAUAUGCGCGAUGGCAAGCAUUUAAUAAAAUUACUGGAAGUAUUGUCCGGCGAAAGGCUGCCGAAACCAACAAAGGGCAAAAUGAGAAUUCACUGUUUGGAAAAUGUGGACAAAGCACUGCAAUUUUUGCGCGAGCAACGUGUACAUUUGGAAAAUAUUGGUUCCCACGAUAUUGUCGAUGGUAACGCAUCGUUAAAUUUAGGUUUAAUUUGGACCAUUAUUUUGAGAUUCCAAAUCCAAGAUAUUACUAUUGAAGAGGUAGACAAUAAGGAAACCAAGUCAGCCAAGGACGCUUUACUGUUGUGGUGUCAAAUGAAAACAGCAGGAUAUCACAAUGUCAAUGUGCGCAACUUUACAACAUCGUGGCGUGACGGUCUUGCCUUCAACGCCAUUAUCCACAAACACCGUCCUGAUUUGGUACAAUUUGAAAAAUUGUCAAAAGCCAAUCCAAUUCAUAACUUGAACAACGCCUUCGAUGUGGCUGAGGACAAGCUUGGCUUGGCAAAACUUUUGGACGCAGAGGAUGUGUUCGUAGAGCAUCCUGAUGAGAAAUCCAUCAUCACCUAUGUGGUCACAUACUACCAUUACUUCAGCAAGCUGAAGCAAGAGACUGUGCAGGGCAAACGUAUUGGCAAAGUUGUUGGCAUAGCCAUGGAAAAUGACAAAAUGAUUCAUGACUACGAACAUUUCACAAGUGACUUGUUGAAGUGGAUCGAAACAACAAUCCAAGCCUUGGGCGAACGCGUUUUUGAAAACUCCUUAGUGGGUGUGCAAGGCCAGUUGGCCCAAUUUUCUAAUUAUCGCACCAUCGAAAAGCCACCCAAAUUUGUCGAGAAGGGAAAUUUGGAAGUUCUCUUGUUUACACUGCAGUCGAAAAUGAGAGCCAAUAAUCAGAAGCCAUACACUCCCAAGGAAGGAAAAAUGAUCUCCGAUAUUAACAAGGCCUGGGAGCGUUUAGAAAAGGCAGAGCAUGAACGUGAGUUAGCAUUGCGAGAAGAAUUGAUCCGCCAGGAGAAAUUGGAGCAGUUGGCUGCUCGUUUCGACCGCAAAGCUUCUAUGCGUGAGACUUGGUUGUCGGAGAAUCAACGUCUGGUUAGCCAAGAUAACUUCGGUUUCGAUUUGGCUGCGGUUGAGGCUGCCGCCAAGAAACACGAAGCCAUUGAAACUGAUAUAUUCGCCUAUGAAGAACGUGUUCAGGCCGUGGUAGCUGUAUGCGAUGAAUUGGAAUCGGAACGCUACCAUGAUGUCAAGCGCAUCUUAUUGCGCAAGGAAAAUGUAAUGCGCCUGUGGAACUAUUUGUUGGAGCUUUUGCGCGCUCGUCGUAUGCGUUUGGAAAUCUCCCUCCAAUUGCAACAAAACUUCCAGGAAAUGUUAUACAUUCUCGAUAAUAUGGAAGAAAUCAAGCAGCUGUUGUUGACCGAUGACUACGGCAAACAUUUGAUGGGAGUUGAGGAUCUAUUGCAAAAGCACUCGUUGGUUGAAGCCGACAUCAAUAUUUUGGGCGAACGUGUCAAAGUUGUGGUACAAAAUUCACAGAAAUUCCUGAGCGACGAUCCAGAGUCAUAUAAGCCAUGUGACCCUGAAAUUAUUGUCAGUCGUGUCCAACAGUUGGAGGAUGCCUACGCUGAGUUGGUGCGAUUGGCUGUCGAACGCCGCAGUCGUUUGGAGGAGAGCCGCAAGUUGUGGCAAUUCUAUUGGGACACUGCCGACGAAGAGAACUGGAUCAAGGAGAAGGAACAGAUUGUUUCUACCGACGAUAUCGGUCACGACUUGACAACCGUGAACUUGUUGCUCAGCAAGCACAAAGCCUUGGAGUCGGAGAUUACCUCGCACGACCCUCAACUGCAAAAUGUUGCAAAGGUUGGUGCCGAGCUUAUUACCGAAGGCCACUUUGGUGCCGAUAGAAUUAAGGAUCGCCUUAAGGAAAUCUUAUCCAAAUGGGAUCAUCUGCUUGACUUGACCAAAUACAGACGUCAACGCCUCGAAAAUGCUGUCGAGUACUUCCAGCUGUUCGCCGAUGCCGACGAUGUCGACAACUGGAUGUUGGACACAUUGCGCAUUGUUUCAAGCGAAGAUGUGGGUCGCGACGAAGCCAAUGUCCAAUCGUUGCUUAAGAAACACAAAGAUGUUGCUGAUGAGCUUAAGAACUACGCCGAGGUCAUUGAUGCUCUACACAAACAGGCAGAGACCCUUAAACUCAACGAAACUGAGAAAGCUAAUGUGGACAAACGCCUUGAAGCCAUCGACACCCGCUACAAGGAGCUUACCGAACUCGGAAAACUGCGCAAGCAACGCUUGUUGGACGCUCUCAGCCUGUACAAACUCAUGUCUGAAGCUGACGGUGUCGAGCAAUGGAUCAAGGAAAAAACCAAGAUGUUGGAUACCAUGGUACCUGGUAAAGAUAUCGAAGACGUUGAGAUUAUGAAGCAUCGCUUCGAAGGCUUCGACAAGGAAAUGAACGCCAACGCUUCCCGCGUCGCCGUUGUCAAUCAAUUGGCCAGACAGUUGUUGCACGUCGAACAUCCCAACUCUGAUGAAAUUUUGGAACGUCAAAAUCGUCUUAACGUGGAAUGGUCGAAUUUGCGCGAGAAAGCCGAAGCCAAAAUGGACGAGCUUAAAUCUGCUCAUGGCGUCCAAACGUUCUACAUUGAAUGUCGAGAAACUAUUUCCUGGAUUGAAGACAAGAAACGUAUUCUCACUGAAACUGACAGCCUGGAAAUGGAUUUGACCGGCGUAAUGACAUUGCAGCGAAGACUAAGCGGCAUGGAACGUGAUCUGGCUGCAAUCCAAGCUAAACUUUCCAGUCUUGGCAAGGAAGCCGACAGCAUUGAAUCCGACCAUCCAGAAGAGGCGCAAAUCAUUCGCGAUCGCAUUGCCCAGAUUGAGCUCAUUUGGGAGCAGUUAACUCAGAUGUUGAAGGAACGCGAUUCCAAGUUGGAAGAGGCUGGCGAUUUGCACAGAUUCUUGAGGGAUUUGGACCACUUCCAGACCUGGUUGACCAAGACACAAACCGAUGUGGCCUCCGAAGAUACUCCAACAUCGUUACCAGAAGCUGAACAGUUGCUCAAUCAGCAUCAAUCUAUUCGCGAAGAGAUCGACAACUACACCGAAGAUUACAAGAACAUGAUGGAGUACGGAGAACGAUUGACUUCAGAAUCGAACACAUCCGAUGAUCCACAGUACAUGUUCUUGCGCGAGCGCUUGAAGGCUCUUAAGGAUGGUUGGGAGGAAUUGCACCAAAUGUGGGAGAACCGCCAAGUCUUGUUGUCUCAAAGUCUCGAUCAGCAACUAUUCAACCGCGAUGCCCGUCAAACCGAGGUAUUGCUCAGUCAGCAAGAACACUUCCUCAGCAAGGACGACACUCCUGUUAAUUUGGAACAAGCAGAAAAUCAACUUAAACGCCACGAGGCCUUCCUCACCACAAUGGAUGCCAAUGACGACAAAAUUAAUACUCUCCUGCAGGUUGCAGACACAUUGGUCGAGAAGGAACACUUUGAUGCCGAAAAGAUCGGCAAGCGUGCAGAAAAUAUUGCCAGCCGUCGCGAAGAUAACCGCAGAAGAGCUCUGGAGCAACACGAAAAGUUGAAGAAUCAAGUAAAACUCCACGAAUUCUUGCAGGACUUGGAUGAGUUGUCAGAAUGGGUGCAGGAGAAAUAUGUUACCUCUCAGGACGAGACAUACAGAAGUGCAAAAACUAUUCAUUCCAAAUGGACCAGACAUCAGGCAUUUGAAGCUGAAAUUGCUGCCAACAAAGAACGCCUCUAUGAGGCAGAAAAGGCCGCUGAGGAAUUGUCCAAGGAAAAGCCAGAAUUCAAAGAUGUCAUUGAACCAAAACUAAAGGAGUUGGCAAAACAAUUUGAAGAUCUUGAAACCCACACUAAAGAGAAGGGCGCCAUGUUGUUCGAUGCUAAUCGUGAAGUCCUUGUCCAACAGACUUGCGAUGACAUCGAUUCCUACAUUACCGAAUUGGAAAAACAAAUUGUCAGUGCCGAUACUGGUAAUGACUUGACAUCUGUAAACAUUUUGAUGCAGAAACAACAUGUGAUACAGACACAAAUGGCCGUUAAGGAACGUCAAGUCGAAGAAAUCGACAAACAGACAGAAUACCUUAAGAAGACCGUGCCCGAGGAGAAGAUUGAACCCAUUGUUACCAAGAAGAUUGCGGUACUCGAUCGUUUUGAAAAGAUAAAGGCGCCAUUGAUCGAACGUCAAAAGCAGUUGGAAAAGAAGAAGGAAGCCUUCCAAUUCUGUCGCGAUAUCGAGGAUGAGAAAUUGUGGAUAAACGAAAAACUGCCAGUUGCCAACUCCACCGACUAUGGCAACUCCCUCUUCAAUGUGCAUGUCCUGAAGAAGAAGAAUCAAUCGCUAGCUACAGAGAUCGACAACCACGAACCGCGCAUCAAUGCAAUUUGCAACAACGGCCGCAAACUCAUUGACGAAGGCCACGAAGACGCCAAGAAAUUCGAGGCUCUUAUCAGCGACUUGACACAGAAAUGGCAAGAACUGAAGGACGCUGUUGAGAAUCGCAAGAAAAAUCUAUUGGAAUCCGAGAAAAUUCAACAGUACUUCUUUGACGCCCAAGAAGCUGAGUCGUGGAUGAGUGAACAGGAAUUGUACAUGAUGGUUGAAGACCGUGGCAAGGAUGAAGUCAGUGCCCAGAACCUUAUGAAGAAGCACGAAAAUCUGGAACAAUCCAUUGAAGACUAUGCCAACACAAUUCGUCAGUUGGGAGAAGUGGCCAGCCAGUUCAACAUCGACGAUGUGUCCAGUGUGGAUGCUGUUGCCGUGAAACAGUCGCAAUUGGACAAAUUAUAUGCCGGUCUUAAAGACUUGGCUGGAGAGAGAAGGGCACGUCUGAACGAAGCCCUUCAAUUGUUCAUGUUGAAUCGUGAGGUGGAUGAUUUGGAACAAUGGAUAGCCGAUCGCGAGGUCGUUGCCGGUUCCCAAGAAUUGGGUCAAGAUUACGAUCACGUGACGCUGUUGUCAGAACGCUUCAGUGAAUUUGCUCGCGACACAGAGUCCGUUGGUGGUGAACGUGUUGCUAAGGUCAACAGCAUUGCCGACAAUCUGAUCCAAGCCGGCCAUUCUGACUCGGCCACAAUUGCAGAAUGGAAGGACAAUCUAAACGAGUCUUGGCAAGAUCUUUUGGAACUAAUCGAAACGCGCACACAGAUGCUUGCCGCUUCCCGCGAAUUGCACAAAUUCUUCCACGAUUGCAAAGAUGUCCUUAGCCGCAUCAUCGAGAAGCAACAUGGUGUGUCCGACGAAUUGGGUCGUGAUGCCGGCUCUGUUUCGGCGCUGCAACGCAAGCACUAUAAUUUCAUGCAGGAUUUGACGACCCUCUACGCCCAAGUACAACAAAUACAAGAAGAAUCGGCAAAAUUGCAGGACUCCUACGCCGGGGACAAGGCCAAGGAGAUUACAAAUCGCGAAAUGGAGGUCUUGCAUGCAUGGUCGAAUCUGCAGGCCAUGUGCGAUGCACGCAAACAGAAAUUGGCCGACACCGGUGAUUUGUUCCGGUUCUUUAACAUGGUACGAAUUCUGAUGAUCUGGAUGGAAGAUUUGGUAAGACAAAUGAACACCUCCGAGAAACCACGUGACGUUUCCGGCGUCGAGUUGCUUAUGAACAACCACCAGAGCUUAAAAGCUGAAAUUGACACACGUGAAGAUAACUUCUCAGCUUGUAUAUCACUGGGCAAGGAAUUGCUGACACGUAAUCAUUACGCUUCGGCCGAUAUUAAAGACAGACUUUUGCAAUUGAAUAACAGUCGAAAUGCAUUGCUAAGAAGAUGGGAGGAACGUUGGGAGAAUUUACAACUAAUUCUCGAAGUAUAUCAAUUUGCCAGAGAUGCUGCCGUUGCCGAAGCUUGGUUGAUAGCCCAGGAACCAUAUCUAUUGUCGUCAGAACUUGGCCAUACAAUUGAUGAAGUUGAAAACCUUAUCAAGAAACAUGAAGCAUUUGAAAAGUCUGCUGCUGCCCAAGAAGAGCGUUUCAGUGCACUUGAGCGUUUAACAACAUUUGAGCUUAAAGAAAUGAAGAGACGCCAAGAAUUGGCUGAAGAAGCAGAGCGACAGCGUAUUAAGGAAGAGAUGGAGGCUAAAGCAGCAGCCGAAGCGGCGGAACAGGCUAAACGUGAGGCUGAGAAACGAGACGUUGUCGAUGUAGCAACAUCCGAAGAAGCCGCUGCUGUGGUUGAUACUGCAGCCGAAGUUGAGCGCACUGCAGAAACACAAACAGAACGAGCCGCCGCUGCUAGUGGCGAAGCUCAUGAAGGCUAUUUGACAAGAAAACACGAAUGGGAGUCCACCACAAAGAAGGCAUCAAACAGAUCCUGGGACAAGGUUUAUACAGUUGCAAAGAGUGGACGUCUUUCUUUCUUCAAAGAACAAAAGGGUUAUAAGAGUAAUCCUGAAUUAACUUUCCGCGGAGAACCCGUGUAUGACUUGCAAGGAGCCUCUGUUGAAAUUGCCAGCGACUACACAAAGAAGAAGCAUGUUCUAAGAGUCAAACUUUCAAACGGUGGAGAAUUCUUGUUGCAAGCCCAUGAUGACAAUGAGAUGUCACAAUGGGUCUCUGCUUUGAAGGCCCAAAGUGAUUCGGCAGCUGUUGCAGAAAGUAGAUCCCAGACACUACCAGCCACAUCGCAGAAGGACGAACCAAAGCGUAGAUCAUUCUUUACUUUAAAGAAAAAGUAAAUUAGGUAGGGCAACAAAAAACAAAAACACCAUAAAACAACACACACACACAUUUACACAGCAACAUUUAUUUAACGCUUAAAUAAAUAUAAAAUUGUAAGGUUUAAUAAUUAAAAUUAUAUAUGACGAGAGAUGAAAAGAGAAUAAUAGUUAUUUAUAUUGCUUAUAUAAUAUAAAGAACCCCGAUAAGUGCACGAAGAAAACAAAACAAAAUGCUGCUAUUAAAUUUAAACUUACGUAUAUUGUAUCUUAUUUAUUAUUUAACAAACGUAAAAUCCAA